ACGCUCAACAUACAAUGUCACAUCCGCCAAACUGCCUUUUUCAAGUUUAGUUGCAUUAAAAAAAAUAAAACAAGUCAGUUUAUUCAUCAAAAUUUAUCCAGCUAACUCUGCAUUUCUAGCCAGAUGAAGGCUCCCUCCCAUUGCUCGACUUGCUUGACCGUUUCAAUGGCUUCCUCUCCGUCGGCGUCAAUACAAUUUGAGUCACUGGCCGAAGCGGCGCAGUCCCCACCCCAGCCUGAUUCCAUGCAAAUCCCAUCGGCCAGUGCUACGUUAAAUCAAAAGAGGAGCAGACAAGGUGACCGAUUGGAUGCGGCGAUUGAGAGAGACGCGUGUGACCAACAAAUACCUACAAUUCGCUGGUUUCAACUACAAACAUAAUAAAUCGGAUGUCGGCAUUAGCAAGUAAUUGGCUAUAGACUGUGGCAUGCUAUACAGCAUCCAUUGUCGUCCGUAGUAGAGGCCGAGGUCUUCGCCAAAAGUGUCUAAAUCCACAAAGCCUACCUCAGGCUAAUUGGUUCUCCAUCCUUCUCAACAGCCUGAUUCACGCUUGGUUUUGCUUCUUUUUUUCUUCUUCACCAUUCAAACCUUCGCAAAUAUGAUCCGGCUACCCUUGGAAAUCGUCGAUGCUAUUAUCGAUAAAAUUGAUAAUGAAAAGACAUUUUCAGCUGCAAUCCUAUGCUCUCGAUCCAUAUUCAACUCUCACGUUGGGCGUUUAUACCAACUCAACGAUGAGAAAUGUGCAACCAAUGGCAACCUAGAAAGCCUUGCUAACGGCUACUCGACACAUGCAUGCGACUGGGCUUCUCUUAAUGGCCAGCUUUCUACGUUGAAGAGAGCAAAAGAAGCCGGAAUUGUCAUUUGUGACCUACAGCGCCUGAGAUGGGCUGUUGAGGGCGGACAUAUGGCAGUGCUACUCUAUCUUUUGGAGCAGAAAGACGAUGCCAUAGAUAUCAACUCACGUUUCUUGGAUGGCCUAGCGCUUUUGGAAUGCGCCGUGCUGGCUGGAGAGCUGGAAAUAGUCAAGCAGCUGGUGGCUAGCGGCGCUAGCAUAGAGUCCAAUCCGAACAAGGAGAAUGCGUUCCAUCUAAGCGUGCGGGAUAGACAUUGUGAUAUCUCUGAUUUCUUUCUACUCAAAGGGAUGGAUCCGUCGCUGAGGGGUCCUAAUGACAUUACUACGCUGAAUAUAGCAGCAGGGCUAGGGGACGUGGACAUGGUGAAGACGCUGCUCGCGGCCGGAGUACCAGUCUUUUUUUUUUAUGUUAUUUUGUUUUUCGAGAUCUACACGCCGCUGUUUGACGCCGCUGAAGGCGGGCACGUACAAAUUAUGCGUAUACUUCUCGUACUUCUCGCUCAUGGAGCUAGUAUUUCAGCCACUCGGCUUUGGGGAUUGACUGCUCUGCACAUUGCUGCGCGCAAUGGGUACACAGAGGCAGUGAGGAUACUUCUUGACCACGGCUCCGAUAUUAGCGCUGUUGCGCACCGUCAGCAUACAGCUCUUGAACAUGCCGUUACCGGUAGACACUUCGACAUGCUUGAACUGCUUAUAGGCCGUGGCGCGAGCGAGUCAGCCGGAGACGUUGCCCACGCGCUUAGAAUUUCAGUUUCUUUGACUUUUGUACAAGCCGCUGAAUUUCUAAUUAAAAACGGUGCAAAUGUCAAUGAGAUGCGAUACGGUUGUGGGGUUCUGCAUCUUGCAGCUGAGGCUGGUAAUCUGGUGAUGAUUGAACUGCUGCUUCGUCAUGGUGCCAACAUAUCUGCAAGGGUCCCCUAUGGCAAAACUCCGCUGCUAUAUGCUAUUGAUGCCAAUCAACCUGCUGCGGUUGAAGCCCUGCUUGCUGCCGGUGCUGAUAUCGAAGAGCCACAUCGGGAUGAUUACGGGUGUCGGCCGCUCGGUUUCGCCGCCUGUAGAGGACACGAUGAAAUUGUUCGUAUUCUUCUCGACCAUGGCGCCGAUAUGGAGGCAAGAAAUAGCGUUGAUGCCACAGCAGUGGUAUCGUUGGCCACUGAGGGGCAUGUGUCGACCAUGCAGCUACUCUUGGAACGAGGUGCUGAUGCUAGCAGCCGCACAUCAUUAGGAUACAAUGCACUUGAGGCAGCCACGUGUGAUGAUGAUCUUGAGAUGGUUCGUCUCCUGCUACAAGACAACAUACAUAGACCACAGCCAAAACUUCAGCUCCAUGAGGCCUUCUAUUGGGCCUGUAAUGGCGGAAGGGUAGCGAUGGUUGAGCUGUUUAUCGAGCAGGGAUGUAACGCCGCAACGGAUGGUUUGCCAUCUGGAUUACUAGCAAUGCAUGGGGCCAUGUUCAGUGGCAACGCGGAGUUAAUUGAUUUUCUCCUUGAGCAAGACGAAGCAGACAUUGACUGCCGCACGGCUCUCGGGCGAACGCCGCUAUUUGAGGCUGCAGAAGGAGGAAAAUUGCCUAUGGUUGAAUAUCUCCUGUUAAGAAACGCCGACCCUGCUGCCAAGGAUGUAUACCAGGCGGCGCCAAUCUUUGCAGCCAUGCGCAGCGGGCAUUUAGAAGCUGUAGAGCUACUUGUGGAAGCGUGCCCAGAGUCCCUGUUAUGGGUAGAUGGGUUUGGGCGCACCCCUGUGCAAUGGGCAGAAUUGACGGGACCGGAGCAGCUUGUAGCCUUCACAAACGAUUUGCUACGGAGGCAUGAGUUGUCAUAUGCAUUAGAGAUAUGCGUCAACUCGCCAUUUGCUUUGCCGCCGACCUGGGAUCCGGAGAAUCACUGGUGCGCUGUCUGCACGCGCAAGGUUGACCAUCGAAUCUCGAACAUGAAUUGCACAGUCUGCCUGGAUGGCGACUUUAUCAUCUGCAACGAUUGUGUGGGCGAAGGCAUGGUGUGCUUGGACGCGGCACACAGAUACAGCAUGUGGACUAAUAAGGGCACUGAUUGUCUCUUUUGUGCAAGAUCCCUAGGUGCCCGAUAUCGCUACACCUCGUCGAAAUAA